AAGCCGACUGUCACACAAUUCAUGAGAACCAGAGAGAGUAGGCGACGCGGGGAAACACGCUCACAAGAUUAUGAAGACUGGCCGUCGGUCUAUCUUACGGACACAGGCUUUAAUAUAACACCUUCAAAAGCUCGCCGUUAAAUGUGAAUUGCUUUUUCACUGCCAUGUCUGGAAAUUGGUGGUCGAGGCGUUCAAGGCCAGGGGCAAUUCCAGGCAAGAGUGAGCCUCUCCAGGGUCGAGGCAUUCAUGUUUUCCUCUUCUGGACAAAGGAUGGGGAGAGAUAUUUGUCCCACACGAGUGGAGAGGUCACAGCAGAGGAGCUGUGCAUCUCAGCUGCCGAGGCUGUAGGGAUAACACCUGUGUGCCAUGUGUUGUUUGCUCUGUACAAUCCACUGUCACGCUGCUGGUACAGUCCAAACCACAUUUUCAGUGCAGAUGAGAACUCCAGCCUGGUACUUCACUACUGUAUGAGGUUCUACUUUCGGAAUUGGCACGGUCUAAAUGAGAGGGAGCCGGCUGUAUCCCGGUAUCGUCUCAGACCUGGGACUGAUCAGGGCAGUUCCCCUCUGCUUGAAAUCACAGCCUUAGAGUAUUUAUUCUCUCAGGCUAAAUAUGAGUUUGUGAACGAAGUAGUUCAGAUGGAAGACGUUCAGUCAGAGGAGGAGCUAAAUCGCUUCAAAAAUGAGAGCUUGGGAAUGGCUGUGCUUCACCUCUCACACCAAGCAGUGCAAACAGGCUGUACCUUACAAGACGUUGCAGAGAAAGUCAGCUUCCUCCGCUGCAUCCCAAAGUCUUUCUCCAAGCACAUUUCCAAAAACAACUUACUGACGAAGUUCAGGAUCCACCGGGUGUUUGCAGACUUUGUGCGGACCUUCCAGCAGCACACUGUGGACAAGGGGCGGCUGGGCGCCCACGAGAUCAUGUACAAGUACAUCUCUACUCUCGAGCACUUGGCACCACGUUUUGGUACAGAGACCUUCCCUGUACCCUACCUGGAGCAGAGGGAGGAAGGGGAUGGAAGUAGCUCUUACUCCAACACCACCCAUGCGCAGGGUGUCUCAAAAGACAACUACACGGCUCCCGCCACACAUGAAAUACUGGUGUCUGGGAUCAACGGCAUUCAGUGGAGGAAGGUGUCCGGUCAGAAGGCACAGGCAAACACUUACCUCAGGAAUGACUACAUGAGCAAAGCGAAACUGCAGUCCAGCCAGCCAAAUGCGAACACUCCCAACAAAUUGACCCCCUUCUGUGAUUUCCCUGAAAUAACUCACAUAGCCAUCACUGGAGCUAAUGUGUGCAUUAGCACUCAGGACAACCGCUGCAUGGAGGUUCAGAUGAACUCCAGCCAGCAGGCCCGUUCCUUCAUCUCCCUCCUGGAUGGAUACUAUCGGCUGACUGCAGACGCCCACCACUAUCUUUGUCAUGAAGUGGCUCCCCCAAGGGUAGUGCUGGGUGAAGCAAAUGGACUGCAUGGGCCUAUGCAUGAUGAUUUUGUGCUGCUGAAGCUGAAAAAGGAGGCCGCAGAGGAGGGAGCUUUCCUUGUACGUUGGAGUGCUCUUGACUAUCACCGCAUCAUCCUAGCUGUGCUAAACACAAAUAAGAACGAAUCGACGCAAAGCCACAAGCAGUUUCGGAUUCAGUACAAGGGUUCAGUGUUCUGUCUGGAGGGCUGGGACCGAGAAUUCUCCAGUGUGAAGGAGCUCACGGACAGCCUCAAGACCUUUGUGCUCAAGUCUGGAUCAGAGAACUUCACUAUCAAAAAAUGCUGCUUUCCAAGACAAGCAGAGUCAUCCAACCUUCUGGUGAUGAGGCAAGGUGCCGAUCACCCUGAUCACAACGACCCCUGGUCCCUGAACAUGAGCCAGCUACGCUUCCACCAGAUCAAGGACAAAGAGAUCACUCAGGAACAGCAUCUCGGCCGUGGGACCAGAACUAACAUCUACUCAGGACGUCUUCUGGUGCAGGGACGGGGGAACAGCGAUGAUGAUGACGACAAGUUCAACAACAACUCGGACCGCAAAGGGAUCCGAGUGGUUCUCAAGAUACUAGACCAAAGCCAUAAAGAUAUUGCACUGGCAUUUUUUGAAACCGCAAGUCUCAUGAGCCAGGUGUCCCACAGUCAUCUGGUGUUUGUGCAUGGUGUGUCUGUGAAAGGAUCUGAAAACAUCAUGGUGGAAGAAUUUGUGGAGUUUGGGCCUUUGGAUGUUUUCCUUCGCAAAGAAAAGGCAUCAGUGACUCCUCGUUGGAAAUUUAUCGUUGCAAAACAACUUGCCAGUGCUCUCAGCUAUCUUGAGACCAAACGGCUGGUCCAUGGAAAUGUCUGUGCCAAGAACAUUCUGGUGGCAAGGCGAGGUCUGGAGCAUGGUACUACUCCUUUCAUCAAGCUGAGUGACCCAGGAAUUGCCCUGAGUGUACUUUCACGGGAAGAGCGCCUGGACCGUAUCCCGUGGAUCGCCCCUGAGUGUGUGGACAGCGGGGCACCCAUUGGCGGUGCUGCUGACCAGUGGAGCUUUGGUGUCACACUGCUCGAAAUCUGCAACAACGGCGAUGUUCCUAUGAGUGGCAGUGCAUUGUCUAAGAAAGAGCGAUUUUAUCAGCAAAAGGGACGCUUAGCUGAACCAUCCUCCCAGGAACUGGCCAGCUUCAUCAGCAUGUGUUUGACCUACGAGCCUGUGCAGAGGCCUUCGUUCCGCACUGUGCUCAGAAAUCUCACAGAACUCAUGAUCAAAGAUCCUGAUAUAUCUCCCAGUGAAACUCUUCCUGACAUGGACCCUAGCGUGUUUCAUAAACGCUAUCUGAAAGAGAUUCGGGAGUUAGGAGAGGGUCACUUUGGAAAGGUGACUCUCUACCUGUAUGACCCAGCCAACGAUGGGACGGGAGAGCGUGUGGCAGUGAAGGCUUUGAAACAGGAGAAUGGUUAUUCGCCUGAUGGCUGGAUGAAGGAGAUUGAGAUCCUGAAAUCCCUUGAUCACAGCAACAUUGUCAAGUACAAGGGCUGUUGUACGGAACUGGGAGGACAAGUGGUGCAGCUAAUAAUGGAGUACCUUCCUCUGGGGAGUCUGCGAGACUACCUUCCCAAACGUAAUCUGGGUGUUCCCCAGUGCCUGAUGUUUGCUCAGCAGAUCUGUCAGGGGAUGGAUUACUUGCACUCGAAGCGAUACAUCCAUCGAGACCUAGCUGCCCGUAAUGUCUUAGUGGAAAAUGACCGCUUGGUGAAGAUUGGAGACUUUGGCCUGACAAAAUACAUCCCUGAAGGCGAAAUCUACUAUCGUGUCCGUGAGGAUGGGGACAGCCCAGUGUUCUGGUAUGCCAUUGAGUGCCUGAAGGAGAGCAAAUUUUCCUUUUCCUCUGACAUUUGGUCCUUCGGCGUUACAUUGUAUGAGAUCCUUACCCGCUGCGACCACCGCCAAAGCCCGCCAACAAAGUUCUCUGAGAUGAUGGAAGCAACCCAAGGACAGAUGACUGUGAUGGUACUCAUAAAACUGUUGGAGAAACAGCUGCGAUUGCCUUGUCCGAAAGAAUGCCCGCAUGAGGUGAAAAUGUUGAUGGAACAGUGUUGGGCUGCAGAGCCCGCACAACGGCCAUCAUUCAAAUCCAUCAUUGAAAAGUUGGAGGCAAUUCGCCGAACAUAUGACUGGCAGCAAGGUAUAAACUUUUCCCUGGCUCAGAUUUGCUGAUCAGUUCAUCAAAGAUCUACGUGUCUCCAUCAUAUUACAGGGUAGCCAGUAAUGUGUUUCCUGCUGUGCAAUGCCUACUGCCUCCAUUUACAUAUUAUGUAUUUAUAGCCUUCUUUUUGAUAACGGCACACUGCAUCCUCUCAUAUGUGAUAUUGCCAAAAUAUUAAACUCAAUUGGUGUGUCUUUAUUUCCUGGCUGAUAAGUUGAACUUCAUGGGGGAAGUUGAUGGCUUGGGCAGUCAGCUACCCAGUGUCAGCUUUUAUCUUUAAAAAAUUAUGGGUUUGCAUAUAUCACAGUAAGUAUUAAGAGUUUCUGUAAGGUGGGGAUAUUACUAGCUUUCAUAUGUUUCUGUACAUUUUUUGAGUGAAUGUUCACUUUGCAUUUAAUUUUGUAUAAACCAAAAGAACAAAUUCAAAAUCUAAUAAAACAUUUUUUCACAUGUC